AUGGCAACCCAGACUGGCCACCUUCUAUUGAGGUCACUUGCGAUUUUCCGCGAGAUUGCUGAUUAUCUUCAAAAUGAAGAGGGUGACGAUGAGUUGGGAAAAUUCUUUGGGCACAUCAAUGCGUACGCCGUUAUCCUGAUCGACUGCCUCUCGCCACUCGAUCACAGUCGAUCCAGGUCCAGCGACCUUGAACCGCUACUCCAUCUGUUACUAUUGAAAUUGACGACGUUUUUUCGGUGCUCAGUUUUGCACGAGUAUGAGUCCACGCUUCCGCCAUCGAAUCACUUCAGACGCUUGACAGCAUUAGUAUACUAUUGGGGCUCAGCUGAGGAGCACCGGGAAAAACUGUCUCAUACGCAGCAGUGCUUAGAUUUCACCUCGCAGGAGCAGAGAGCUGAGAUGACGCUUCUACUUCGUGGGUGCGUUGCGACUUUGCUGUCUCAGAGUUCUGACGAGCCGCCAGUAGCGGCAGAACACCGAGCGCGACCAAAAGGGGGAGACAAACCAUCGUCUGUGUAUUUGAGUGCAGGCACUGUGUUCCAGGCACUCGCUGCUUCGUCAAGAGCAUGUUCUGAAGUGCAUAAUCAUAAUUGCGCCGCCAGACUUCGCUUAUCGACUCACCACAAACAAGAGAGCGAGCAGGAUGAGUUUGAGGCUCUCAUCACGCUCAGUUUGAGUUGUCAUAUCUGGCAAGAAACACGAAUCCAGGCCGUAGCCCCAGGCCUUCCGGCUACGAGGAAAGCGGCCGUCAGAUUUGCGCUACCGGAAACCAGCUGCGAAAAGUCUCAAAAUCGUCGGCGUCGUCGCUUGGCCAUCAUUAGACUAUGUGAGCAGAUUGAGAAGCUCAAAUCUAAGCCUCUGAUGCGGCUUAAUCUGGUGGUUGAGGAUGGCAAGCUCUGGAAAGACCAGUCCUCUCGUAUUGAGCGUCCAGUAAAUCAAUCCGAUACCCAGCUGUCUCUCGCAGAUAUCAUAAAGUAUCGUCCGGCUAGCAUGACCGAGAAGGUAAAACGGGUUCUGGCAGUUUUGUUGGCUUAUUCCGUUCUGCAUCUUCACGCCACACCGUGGAUGCGGUCCUCUAAUUUCAGAGCGGAUGAUAUACUUUUCUUCGGUACAUCCGCCACAAUCCCACUGAAACCAUAUUUACAGUCGGAGUUGAAUGAAACACACUAUGACUCAGCACAUCCCAUAGAUGCUGAUGAGCUCGAUCCAGACGACCUGCCAUCACAUCCGUUUCCUGACAUUGUCAUGUUAGCUAUAUUGCUCAUGGAGAUAUACCUGAUCCAACCUGUCGAGUCACUGGCGGAGCAGGUUGGCAUGGACUUCGAGGAUUGGGAAUUGGUCGAUGACAAUACGAGGUAUUCAAUUGCGAUCGCAGUUUAUGACCGAUUCAAGGUUGAUUUCCCGGAUAACUACCGACAGGCCAUUGAUAGAUGCCUUGACCCUAACCUAGGAUUCGACGAGAACGACGAAGAACUAAGUCCGGAUGGUUUGAAAAUGUUGAUUUACGAUGAAAUCGUACAGCCUCUCGAGGAAGAACUUGACCAGGGGUUUGGCAACACAAUCCAGAUCGAAAAACUGGAUGAGGUCGCGCAAACCAUGGACCUUAGUCGUUGGGGGCAAAUGCGCCAACUCAAACCAGUUUCUCCCAUGUCCACCGCACCUAGCACUCCUGAUCAAAGUACCGUAAGUCCCGAAGGAAGCAUAUCGAUCUCCAGAACUUCCACAUUUUGGGCUUCUUCCGAGCGUCUAGUAAGCAGCACCGGUAGCAUUAUGAGCCAUCGGGAUUAUACAGUAGGAUGGAUUUGCGCGCUUCCAAAAGAGCUGGCCGCUGCACAGGCACUCCUCGAUGAGCUGCAUCCGCCAUUACCACAAGACCCGUCCGACCUCAACAACUAUACACUGGGACGCAUGGGAGCGCACAAUGUAGUAAUGGCUUGUCUUCCGUCGGGGUUGAUGGGCACAGUCUCGGCAGCUCGAGUCGCAAGUCACAUGCGGUCUACAUUUAAAUGGCUGAGGUUUGGUUUGAUGGUAGGCAUUGGUGGCGGAGUCCCUGGAGAGAAAGACAUCCGACUUGGUGAUGUCGUUGUUGGGGAGCCUAAUGGGCCGUUUGGUGGAGUCAUCCAAUACGACUUUGGAAAGACCGUCCAGAAUGGAGAAUUCCGCCGCACGGGUUUCCUUAACCGGCCUCCGGAUUUGCUACUGACGGCCAUCUCACGGCUCAAAGCGGAUCACUAUCGCAAUAGAGCAGACCUUAGCCGACAUUUGAGCGACAUGUUUGAGAGAUACCCGCAUUUGAGCCGCGACUUCUCAUACCCAGGUGCUGAAUAUGAUAUCCUCUUUGAGAGCAACUAUGAUCAUGCCGGAGUCCGGUCGUCGUGUGAUUCCUGUGAUUCUUCUAGGUUACUUCAUCGAGAACCGAGAAAAUCACACUCCCCGCACAUCCACUACGGCCUCAUUGCCUCUGGGAACCAAGUGAUGAGAGAUGGGAAGACUCGCGAGCAAUUGAGAAACGAUCUAAACGUCUUAUGUUUUGAGAUGGAAGCCGCCGGCAUAGUCGAUGUGUUUCCCUGCCUUGUUGUCCGGGGGAUCUGCGACUACUCCGACUCUCACAAGAAUAAAAUAUGGCAGGGUUACGCGGCGGCAACAGCAGCAGCUUAUGCAAAGGAACUCUUGGGUGUGAUAUCAGGCAGCCAAAUCAAUAAUGCUGAGCGACUGGGAAGCUUUCAGCCUUAA